AUGUUGAGACGCUCUUCUCACCAUCGUUCAUCUCCAAAAGAUGGGGAUAGGAGUGAUAGACACAAACAAAGGGGUACGCGUGAAACUAGAGAAAGGGAUAGGGAUAAAGAUAGGAGCAGGGAGGACAGAAAUGGAAAGGGUAGAGAUAAAGAUAGAGAAAGAGAAAGAGAAAGAGACAGAGGUGGUGACAGGGAUAAGGAGAAGGACAGGGUGAGGGUAAAAAGGGAACAUGAACGUGAGCCUGAGAAAGAAAGGGAAGAGAGAGAUCAAGGGAAAGAGAAAGAACAUGAAAGACCACAUCGAAGUGGAAGCAGAUCAGAAAGACAUGGGAGUGAAAGGGACAGGGAAAAGAGUCGUGAUAGAGAGGUUAAAGAUAAAGAAAAAGAAAAAGAAAAAGAAAGCGAAAUUAGAGAACCUGAUCGUGAUCGUGAAAGCAGGUAUUUUUCUAUGUUAUUGUGGUCUCUUUACUUUCUACUUGUAUUGAUAGUAUGUGACCAACAAAGCAAUAUCAAACCUUGUUCAAAAGUCGGUUCUACCCCUGUGGCCAAGACGAGACAACUUGCUGCCAAACAACCAAAUACUUCUAAAGCUGAAAUUAACUCGUUGCCAAAUUUAGAAGAUAAAAAGAAUAUGGGAAGUAUAAAAGAUCAUUCAAAUAAAGAUAAUGGUAAAGAAAGUGCUCUGAAUUUAGAAGAUAAAGAGAAUAUGAGAAGUUUAGAACAUCGUUCAAAUGAAGAUGAUGAGAUGAAACUCUCUCCCUGUUCCUCGCCCUUGGGAAAUUUCUUUAUAACAAAAGAGAAACAGGGAACACGAUUGUAUCUGGAUCUGCAUAUAGUCAACCAUGAGACGGAGCUUGGGAAAGCUUUCACAACCCGCUAUCAUCCACAAUUUUUUUUCAUACAAAGAACCACAGAACAUAUGAUAAGAGUAGGCUUCCAUCAGCUUGGACCAUGUUCUCUUAAGAUAACAUAUUCUGCACACACAGAUUUGAGUGUAAAAUUCCAAAGUCAUCGUAGCAGGGACUAUACAAAUCCUAUGCUUCCUGUUGCAUCUUCAACAAUAGAUGCUAUUGGUCAGGCAAUAUAG